AUGGCCACCUAUAAGGUCCAGGUGGCUACUGGCAAUCUCUUGCUGGCAGGCACCUACAGCAGCGUCUCCAUCACCCUGGUCGGGGCUCGAGGGGAGAGCCCCAAACACCGGCUGGAUCAUCUGGGACGGGAUUUUGUUCCUGGGGCCGUGGACGAGUACGAGGUGCCGUGUGAACACGACCUGGGGCCCAUCCUGCUGAUCUGGCUGCACAAGGAGCCCUACUUGUUUUUCCCCGAGGACAGCUGGUUCUGCAGCUUCGUCACGGUGAAGAGUCCAGGGGGCGAGACCUUCCACUUCCCAUCCUACCAGUGGCUGGAGGGAUACUGCACUCUGACCCUGCGGGAGGGGGCAGCCAAAACAGUUGCGGAUGAUGUUGGAAAUCCUCUUCUCUCGGAGCAUCGGAAGGAAGAGCUGAAAACUCGGCAAGAAAACUUUGGGUGGAAGGAGUACGCCCCAGGCUUUCCGAGAUGCAUCGAUGCUGAGAGCACAGCUGAUCUGGAUUCCAACUCGAAGUACUUGGUCACCAAGACUGCCGUCUUCGGCCUGCGCGUAGCCAAGUCGGAACUGGAGCUGAGGCUCAAAGGCUUCACCAACAUCAAGGACUCCUGGGAUAAUCUGGAUGAUCUCCGUAAAAUCUUCUGGUUCAACAAAACCCCAGUCACAGAGUAUGUCUCGGAGCACUGGAUGGAUGAUGACUUCUUUGGGUACCAAUACCUGAAUGGCGUCAACCCCGUGAUCCUCCAGAAAUGUCCUGAGAUCCCAGCCAACUUCCCGGUGACCCAGGAGAUGGUGGCUGGUUGCCUGGGGAAAGGUGUCACACUUCAGGAGGAGCUGGAGAAAGGGAACAUCUUCCUCGCAGACUACAAGAUCCUUGAGGACAUCCCCACCCACAAACUGAACGAUAAACCCCAGUACUUGGCAGCUCCCCUCUGCUUGCUACACCUGAACCCAAAAGGACAGAUGAUACCACUGGCCAUUCAGAUCAGCCAGACCCCAGGCCCCGAGAACCCCAUUUUCCUGCCCACUGACCGCAAGUGGGACUGGAUUCUUGCUAAGAUCUGGGUGAGGUCCUCCAACUUUCACGUGCAUGAGGUUGUCACCCACCUGCUAGAAGCGCACUUCCACUGUGAGGUCUACUCCAUGGCCACCGUCCGCCAGCUACCCAUGUGCCACCCUGUCUACAAGCUCCUGAUCCCCCACACCCGUUACACAUUCCACAUCAACACUCUUGCCCGCACUGAUCUUCUCCAACCGGGAGGAGUAUUUGAUACGGCGACUGCAACAGGCCGCGAUGGGAUGUUGAAGCUAGUCGCCAAAGGUGUCCAGGCCUCCAGCUACACCUCCCUUUGCCUCCCCGAUGAUCUCAAAGCCAGAGGAGUCAACUCGUUACCCAAUUAUUACUACAGGGAUGAUGGGAUGAAGAUCUGGAACGCCAUAGAGACCCUGGUCUCCGGCAUCGUCGGGCUGUACUACAAAUCUGAGGAAGCCGUGAAGAACGACCCCGAGCUGCAGGCAUGGAUUCAUGAAAUCUUCACGGAAGCUUUUCUGGGCAAGAAGUCAUCAGGUGUCCCCUCCACCCUGGAAACCAAGGCUGAGCUGAUCAAGUUCCUCACUAUGGUCAUCUUUUGCAGUUCUGCAAGGCACGCAGCCGUCAACAGUGGGCAGUUUGACUUUGCCGCUUGGAUGCCCAACACGCCAGCCACCAUGACGCAGCCUCCACCAAAAGUCAAGGGCAAAGCCUCCUUGAGGAGCAUCUUGGACACCCUCCCUGAAGUCAACUCCACCUGCUCACUCCUCAAGCUGCUCUCCAUUGUGAGCUAUGAACCCGGCGACCUGAGACCUCUGGGCUACUAUCCUGAAGACCACUUCACAGAAGAGGCACCAAAAAGCCUGAUUGCAGCCUUCCAGGGGCGCCUGGCUGAGAUCUCCAAGGAAAUUGAGGAGAGGAACCAGAAACUGUCACUUGUCUACAACUAUCUGAACCCUGCAGAGGUCCAGAACAGCGUUUCCAUAUAACCCCAAAGAGGGGCUCCUCCCCACAUUUCUCUACUACAGGAUGCCUUACACAGACCCUGCAUGAGAAAGUCUUUGGCUUAUAUUAUGGGUCUGGGAUUCUGUAGUGGCACUGACUGCAGAAGAUAUGGCGAGGAGGCCUAGUGGUGUGAUCCACUUUUACCCUCUGCACAUGUCAGCUUCUAUACACUGCUUAUAUCCUUGCAUUUAAAGGAUUCAUUCUAAGCCUCUCUCGCCUUAAACCUUAAUAACCCUGCACCCCUGUUUCUUAUUGAAAACUGUACAUCCACCUGCAUUCCUGUAUCCAUCUUUUGAAUUUAUGUUACUCGGCCAAUUAGUACAGCUAGGCACGGAUCAGGUUGACUUCAAACAUAUGCAUUAAUCACCCCCCUGGGGCAGGGAGGGUGGGAUUGAGAUGUACCAGGCUGCUGGCCGAGGGGCAUGGGUCUCACACAGGCUACUGAUAAGGGGGGCCGGCAGCAGCCCUUGCUUGGCGCUGCUUAUGAGAGAUGUGACGGUAUAAGAAAGACACACAGACACCCUAGUAAUCUGGAGCCUCAGCGUAGACCGAGAUCCAGGAAGGUGCUACUCACUAGCUGGCAUUACAGGGGCCACGUCCUUUUCUUCAUCAAGGGGGCUCCCCGAUGAAAGAGAUCGCGUCAGAUCAGGGACGUGUGCUUUAUCUUUUGUUCUGUAACCCUCUUUAAACCAUUAUUCAGCUUUGUGUAAUAAAACCUCUUUGACAUUUA